CACGCUAUCAGUGAAUAUCACGCUUCGUGCCGAUUUGAUGUAAAUAAAUACCUAAAUAUAGUUAGGUAUGACUGAAGCGAAUGUUGGUUUUCUUUAUAAUGCUGCAUCUUGUCUUUUGCAGUCACAAAAUAAUAGCUCUAAAACUGUAUUGAGGAGUUAUUUCUUAAUGCGAUGUGAUGAAAUAGCAAAGACAGCAGAGCUUCCAAACAAAUAUUUUUCAGCCAAAGUUAGAUGUCCACAUUGUUAUAUAGAAUGGAACAGUGAAACUGUAUUAAAGGUGAAAUCGAAAAAACUUAGUAAUCAGCAAAGACGGAGAUUGAAGCUAAAGGCAGUCAAGAGGAAAAACUCCAAUUUGCUGAAAGAGUUAUCAUAUAACAAAGAACUGGAACAAAUAUGUUCAUUUUGCAAACAUAAAACCAAUACACCGCUUGUAAAACAGGAUAGAGAAAAAGAAAUUACUGAAGUUUCUGUUCCCAAAGACAAUAAAGACAAAAACAACACUGCAAUAAAUAAGGUUGCUCUGAGUAAUCUGAAGAAGACUAAAGAAUCGUCAAUCAAUGUGUAUGCCAGCUCUAAAGAUAUAUUUUCCUUGAAUAACAGGGACAAUACUUUGAAAAGUACAGUCAAAGAAGAGGCAAAAGUAAUAAAGAAUAAUAAAAAGAAGAAAGAUAAAUUUGCAGGACUAUGCCAGAAAGCAGUGCUUGCCACAGCCAAGUUAAAAGAAGAACAGAAGAAACAGAAUAAACUCAAUUUAUUCUUAAAACCAUCUACAUAAGUAUCAGUAAAGUAAAAUAUAUUUGUAUAAAGUAGA